CCCUUGCUAUCAUUCACGCAUCAACUUCCGGAAAGCGCAUCUACGUCAUCUUCCUGCGCCCUCCGCUGAUGUGGCUCUCAUUGAUGUGAUUAGUAGCUGUGAGUCGCUUUUUUUGGGUUGCAUACGUUCCAUACAAGAACUGCAAUAAAAUCGACCAUGAAGAGUUGGCUCGUUUUUGCAUUUUUCAUUUGUGUGUGCAGCGGGGAUAGUUGUCUGAACCCUGUCAUUACACCAUCAACAUACACAACCAACGACGCAGUCAUCUCAUCCGAGUCCGUCUUUAUCGUGGAGCUCAACUUAUCCUGUGCGAAUGGCUUGCAGGGCAUUGCAUUGUAUGCUGAUGUCAAUGGAAGACAGUUUCCAGUAACAAGGGGUCAGGAUGUUGGGAAGUACCAGGUGUCAUGGAGUCUGCCUCACAAGCAGGCCGGCUCUGGGACGUACCAAGUCAAAUUCUUUGACGAGGAGUCUUACAGUGCACUACGCAAGGCUCAGAGAAACAACGAGGAUGUGGACACAAUCAAGCCGCUGUUCUCGGUCAAUGUAGAUCACAGAGGAGCUUGGAAUGGCCCUUGGGUGUCUACAGAGAUCCUGGCUGCUGUUCUCGGCAUCUUGGUCUACUACUUCGCUUUUAGCGCCAAGGGCACAAUUCAGGCCUGAAGAGAAAUCUCAAUACGCAAUACUGUAUCAUCACUACCGUACUGUACCUCUACAUUCCUACACACACUAGGACUUGAUUUGUAAAUAUGUCUGGUAGAUUUAAUGCCGAUUUAAGUAGGGAUUAGAAAAUGUCUGGGUUCGGCAUAUUUGAAGUGUUGAAAAGGUAAAGGUUGCCUCAGAGCAAAAACCUUUUUAAAAUGUUAAUUUAAUAAUAAUAAUGUACUGGAUUAGGAUUUGUCUUUUAAUUCAGCUGUGGCUUUAAGCUUUACCUACAAGCUCAGAGUACAGAGUUCAGUAAUAUCAAUAACAAUGCACUGACUGGAAUGAACAGAAACAACAGUUUUACAUUCAUAUUGUGGAAAAAUAAACUUUUAUACAUUUUCCAUGA